AAUUUCCAAUACGAACAAAGUCAUGUUCAAGGUCUUUAAUUAAUCUUAUCAGGCAUUUUAUUACAUCAUUAUUUCAUUUGGUAUCGAUCAUUUUCAGUACAGUUGCCACCUCCCUGCGAUUAGUACGUGUUCCGGCCUGAAAAUUCAAUAAUGUCUACAGCCGGUAAAGUGAUCAAGUGCCGUGCGGCGGUCGCCUGGGCGGCCGGGAAGCCGCUGUCGAUCGAGGAGAUCGAGGUGGACCCGCCCAAGGCCGGCGAGGUGCGCGUGAAGAUCGUCGCGACGGGGGUGUGCCACACGGACUCGUACACGCUGUCGGGGCAGGACCCCGAGGGCGUGUUCCCGGUGGUGCUGGGCCACGAGGGCGGCGGCGUCGUGGAGAGCGUCGGCGCCGGCGUCACCACCGUCAAGGUGGGCGACCACGUCGUCCCCCUCUACGUGCCUCAGUGCAAGGAGUGCAAGUUCUGCCUCAACCCAAAAACCAACCUCUGCCAGAAAGUCCGCAUCACCCAGGGUCAAGGCGUGAUGCCCGACGGCACCAAGCGCUUCCACUGCAAGGGGCAGGACUUGUUCCACUUCAUGGGAUGCUCCACCUUUUCUGAGUACACAGUUGUGGCUGAAAUUUCAAUCUGUAAAGUGGCUGAUGCAGCAGCUUUGGAUAAGGUCUGCCUGCUGGGCUGCGGAGUGCCAACUGGAUACGGAGCUGCUUUGAACACUGCUAAGGUAGAGCCCGGCUCAAACUGUGCCAUAUUUGGUCUUGGAGCAGUUGGUCUUGCUGUAGCACUCGGCUGCAAAGCUGCUGGAGCCAAGCGCAUCAUCGGUGUGGACAUCAACCCAGCCAAGUAUGAAGUGGCCAAGAAAUUUGGUGUGAAUGAGUUUGUCAACCCUAAGGACCACGAGAAGCCCAUCCAGCAGGUUCUGGUGGACCUGACCGAUGGUGGCCUGGACUACACCUUCGAGUGCAUUGGUAAUGUGAACACCAUGAGGGCUGCCCUGGAGGCAUGCCACAAGGGCUGGGGAGUGUCGGUCAUCAUCGGUGUGGCGGCGGCCGGACAGGAGAUCUCCACUCGCCCCUUCCAGCUUGUGACGGGACGCACAUGGAAAGGAACAGCUUUCGGAGGCUACAAGAGCCGUGACAGUGUUCCCAAGCUGGUGGAGGACUACCUCAACAAGAAGCUGCCUCUUGAUGAGUUUGUGACCCACAAUGUGAAGCUGGACGAGAUCAACGAAGCCUUCCACCUCAUGCACGAAGGAAAGUCCAUCAGGGCUGUUGUCCUCCUGUGAAACUCUCUAUACUGAAUACCUGGCAUUUAUAUUCUUGUUAACUAUUAUAAGUAAACUGUUUUGUACUAUUUAUUUUUAUUAAAACAUAAUGUUUUAAUAA